GAACAGCAGGUGAUAUUGUGGGGAAAUGCUGCUCAUCACAUCUUCAAGUCAUUUACAGCAGGAACCUCACACAAUCACAAGGAGAAAGAGCUGCUAUGACUGCUAGAGGCGCAUAAUGGAGUCUCUAACAACGUUGCCAGCUUCCUUGACGACAGAGCUGCAUAUGUUGGAAUACAAUGUGUCCAUGGCUCUGCAUGUAAACGUCUGCCUUAUCCAUGACGGAGUCCUCUCAGACAUACUUCCGGUUAUGUACUCGUUCGUGUGCGGUGUCAGUUUACUGAGCAACACUUUAGCCCUCUUUGUGUUUUGGGCAAACAGUCAACGAUGUACCUCCAUGGUUAUAUAUAUGAGGAACCUGGCAGUGGCUGACCUGCUGUUAUCGCUCUGUCUACCUUUCCGAGUGGCUUAUCAAAACAAUGACGGCCCUUUGAUCCUCUGCAAGAUCAUAGGUGCCUUUUUCUACUUAAACAUGUAUGCUAGUAUUAUGUUCCUGAGCCUGAUCAGCUUUGAUCGCUACCUUAAGAUUAUACGACCUCUGAAACAAUUCAAAAUCCAUAGUGUUUCAUGGAGCACCAGAGCCACCCAAGUCAUCUGGUUAAUUAAUGUGGUCUCCAUAGUCCCAUUUCUCUUCGAACAGAAAAGCAAUGAACCCUGCAGUCAUAAAUGCUUCCACUUCAAGCAGAAGGGGCACCUUGGAGCUGCAAUCAAUUUUUCUGCAGUGAUCGUCUUUUUCAUUCUAUUAUUGCUCUUUGUCUAUUUUUAUGGAAAAAUAUCAGCCAAACUCCACCUUGCCUUCCUGGGAAGAACACAGCCACAAACAAAAAGGAACAGCAGCAGGGCAAUGAAGAAGACUUUUGUUGUCUUGGUUAUCUUCAUUGUGUGCUUUGUUCCUUACCACGUUGUGCGAGUCCCUUACAUCCUAGCCCAGAUUGAAGUCAUUUCCAGCCUGCCCUGGAAACAGACGCUGCAUAUCGCCAAUGAGUUAGUGUUGUGUUUAUCUACCUUCAACAGUUGUCUGGACCCUGUGAUUUAUUUCUUCUUGUCAGACAGCUUCAGAAGGGCUAUCAUGUGCACUUUCCAAGGGAAAAUCAAACUCAUUAUGAAUAAUCAAGACCACAACAGCUCCUAUGUCUACAACCUCCCACAGCCAUCGAGGCCCGAAACUCAGCAGUUCUCAUAA